AGCGCCGCGGGCCGGCUCGCAGGCGCCGACGGGCGAGGGGGCGGCGGGAGGAGUCGCCCGCCAUGGAGCUGGGCGAGCUGCUGUACAACAAGUCGGAGUACAUCGAGACGGCGUCGGGAAACAAAGUGAGUCGCCAGUCGGUGUUGUGCGGCAGCCAGAACAUCGUCCUCAAUGGCAAGACCAUUGUGAUGAAUGAUUGCAUUAUCCGAGGGGAUCUGGCAAAUGUGAGAGUUGGACGCCAUUGUGUGGUGAAAAGUCGGAGUGUCAUAAGGCCACCAUUCAAGAAAUUCAGCAAAGGGGUGGCGUUCUUUCCUUUACAUAUCGGGGACCAUGUCUUUAUUGAGGAAGAUUGUGUGGUCAACGCAGCUCAGAUCGGCUCUUAUGUUCACGUGGGCAAGAACUGUGUGAUUGGGCGUCGAUGUGUAUUAAAGGACUGCUGCAAAAUUCUCGACAACACAGUGUUACCUCCAGAAACUGUGGUCCCCCCAUUCACCAUCUUCUCAGGCUGCCCAGGACUGUUCUCAGGGGAGCUCCCAGAAUGUACCCAGGAGCUGAUGAUUGAUGUCACCAAGAGCUACUACCAGAAGUUUUUGCCCUUGACACAAGUCUAACGUCUGUGCCUAAUGUCUUGAAUUCGCAUGAACUCUAGGAUGAACGUGGGGACUAAGUGACCAAUGAGAUGGACACAGAGCUCUUGUGUCUCUAACACCUUCCACCUCCUCCUUUUUUUUUUUUCCAAAGAAUUUCUCAGUUCUGGAGGCUGGAGAGACAAUAAAGUGGGUAAGGUGCUUGCCUUGCACGGAGCUGAUCUGGGUUCAAUCCUGGCACCCUGUGUAGUCCCCCCAGCCCACUAGGAGUGAUCCCUCUGUGCAGAGCCAGGAGUUAGCCCUGAGCACUGCCAGGUGUGGCCCCCAGACAUACAAAACUCUUCUCAGUUCUUCUAGGCACCAAGACUUCAUACCAGAACAUCCUUGGGAGGGAGGGGGCAUUGUCAAAUCUGUGGUUAAACUUCGUCUGCUUAAACAAUCUGUGGCAUAUAGAACCAUCUGCAUGCAGCACUCCGGCUGGUUAAUCGUGUACCUGGACCCUACCUAGAAUAAUGCUGCGUUCCAGUGCAGAGGGUUGGGCUUGCGGUGCUUGUGUGCACAGCUCACAGGGAUCAGCUCUCCUGCUGCUACCCUAUCUGGCCACAGUUUUUCAUAAUUUUUUUUUUUAAUUUUUCAUAAUCUUGAAAAAAGUGUUUGCGAUUUUUUAGAGCCCAACUCCCUAUUUACUAAUUAAACUUGAAGGGAGGGGUGUUUCUCUUUUUCCUAAGAGAGCACUGUGGAGCAUUCUCUUUCAGGGCUUUGAUUUUCACCGAAAGGGAGGCCCACAAUACCCAGGCUGGUUUGUGCAGUUCCAGAUUCGAGUCUCCCGUGUACAUGAGCGGGGUGGGCCGUCUCUCCUGCCUCGUCCCUGUGGGCAGCAGUCGAGGUCUUAAUUCCACUAAGUUGCAGCAUUUGUGAUCCUGGUUCCCUGACCUAAAACCAUUCACCCUACUCUGCAUUUGCCAUGAAGCUCACUCUCCAGGAUAUUUUACUUGGGCCCAUUCCCCUAUGUAUGUGGGGCCUCUAAAAUUACUCUGUGGGAAUAGAGCCCUAAAGUCGCCAGUAGAUCAGCCCACCGUGGCUCUGUCCUGCCCUAUUGUCUUCGAAGGCAGAGUUGGAAAUGGAGGCCUUAGAAGGUGGAAGGCCUGGAUUCUGCUGGAGUCAGGUAGAACAGUUCAGCCCAGAGGGUUAGGACCUAUCAGGAUGUGUCUUCACUUACUCUCUGGUUGUUGGGUUUGCAAAAGCAGCUGUAUGUAGUCAUCUCCGCUAGUUCAGUGUAACUCUUUCCUGCUUUUAAAUGUCUAUUAAAAUAUUGACACAUGAAAACA